AAACGUUUCUUCAUCAGUUGGACACUGAAGCAGGUUGCGUCAUGCGACGGUCAGUGAACUUUACAGGAAUUCUCUGCGCUCAUACACACAAACGGAGCACCAGUCGACACCCGCAAAGCCAAGAAGACAGCCGUGUGAGGACCACCAUGCUUCUGAUGGUUCUGGUUCUGCUGCAGGUUCCCGUGGAAGCUUCAGAGCAUGUGCGGUGUUUUGCGACCUUUGACCUGAUCUCAGGUGAGUGCGCUCAGGAGCUCGGCCAGGUGGAAAAAGACGACUGCUGUCAGAACCCUCACUACGGUUACCAGGCAACAGAUGGAGUGUGUCGGUUCUGUGGGUCUCCUGUGUGGUCUCCCUGGUCAUCAUGGUCACCGUGUACAGUUUUGUGUGGAGAAGGGGUGACACAAAGGAGGAGGUCGUGUUUUGGCAUCGGUGAAUUAGAAUGCGAGGAUGCAAAAAAUUUGCUGCAGACCAAACCCUGCAACUCUACCUGCUGUGAUGACACGGGGUGGAGCUCCUGGCACUCAUGGUCACCUUGCUCACUGAGCUGUGGAGGAAGAGGAGUCAGGAGCAGAAAUAGAGUAUGCUCCAGUGCCCCUGAGUGUCACGCUGCCUGUGAAGGUUCUUCAGAGCAAGCAGAGCCCUGCAAUGCAACUUCACCGUGUCCGGUCCAUGGUGCUUGGUCCAGCUGGUCCAUCUGGUCUCAAUGUUCUGCUUCCUGUAUUAAUGACCAGCGCAAUAAUGUCAUCGUCCCCACCAGAAUGCAACAUCGCACAUGCUCUAACCCCACGCCUUCCAGUGACACAGUGCCGCCUGGUAACGGUUGUCCUGGUGACUCAGCAGAGGCCCAGCAGUGCAGUGAGCUCCCCAACUGUCCAGUGGACGGCAAUUGGGGGGAGUGGUCUGAACCUGGGUCUUGUUCAGUCUCCUGUGGGGAGGGGCUACGACUGGCAUCCAGGAUGUGUGACAACCCCGCCCCUAAAUAUGGCGGGCGGCUUUGUGAAGGACCGAGCACUCGGCACUUCGUGUGUCAGAGCCCAUGCCCUGUCCACGGUUUCUGGUCUGGUUGGUCAAGUUGGAGCGACUGUUCUUCUUCCUGUAUCACAGAAGGCCAUGCUACAGUCAGGACUCGUCGUCGCUAUUGUUCUAACCCUGCCCCUUCCCCCAGCCCGCCUGGUAAAGACUGUGUCGGUGACAGCUUGCAGACAGAGAGCUGUGACCAUCUGUCUUACUGUCCAGUGCACGGCAGCUGGGGGCAGUGGUCGCCAUUUUCCUACUGUUCUGUGACCUGUGGGUUGGGGCUCCAGCUGUCAAACAGGAAAUGUGACAGCCCCGCCCCCAAGCAUGGUGGCCAGUCAUGUCCUGGACCAGCGAGUCAGAGCAGAAUUUGUGUGACUAACAUCCACUGUCCAGUGGACGGGGUGUGGUCAGAAUGGUCGUCAUGGAAGCAGUGCGAAUACCCCAUCAGCGGGAAAGAAAUCCGCUGUAAGCAUUUGGGAGGGAGUCAGUCACGAGAGCGCCAGUGUUUGUAUCAGGCUUACAACGGCUCCAUCUGCAGCGGCAACAAACUGACCGACAGGCGGGUCUGCUACGACAUCAACCAGUGUUAUAUGAAGGGAAGCUGGGCUGGAUGGGAAGCCUGGAGUUUGUGCAGUCCACCAUGUGGAGGAAAAUCCAGACGCAUGAGGCAGAGAAUCUGUCAGCCCGAUGUCAGUGCCUACAGGCCUACCAUCGGCCGCCUCAACGAGAAGGCGACAUUCUUUGGGACACCACUAUCAGACUGUGGUCGGGUGUCUUUGAAAGAGAAAUGGGAGGUCCAGACCUGCCACAACGUGCCCUCAUGCACCUGAAAGCAGGGACUUUAAAAUUCCCGACAAUCAACAUCUCUGAGUGAUGAUUACAUUAACAUAUUCAAACAUUCUCUGAGGUUUUCCAGCUUUUUUAUUUCAAAUGAAAUUGUAACUGUGAAUCAGAUUCACUAAACAUAAGGUGACCAUCAAAUAAUAACAAUAAUCUAUCAAUAAAGCAAGAUGUGGGGCUGUGGCUCGCAUAUCUCUGACUAUUUGUCAGAUCGACCUCAGCUUUUGCAUAUGAUUUGUGCAUUGCACGGUGAUGUGCAUGCUUUAUUAUGAAAAUUUGGGGAAUUAAUUUUCAAAAUCCUUUAUUUUGAUUAACAUUGUAACAUUCAUACUUCCAAGAUGGCGUGGCUCGCUGAUGUUACUGGUAGCAAAGUUAAACAAUAUCAGAUUGUUCAUGUUGCUUGCACCAUUUCACAAUAAAAUGUUUAAUGCCAGCAUUUCAGCAAAUACCUUUACUGUGAAAAGCAUGCUGUCAGUCUUCUGAGUUUAACUUGACAACACUGAGGAGAUGGCUAAAAUCCAUUUUAUUGGAUAACACCAACAAAUUUCCCAUUUUUUGUACAAUGUUUCAGUAAGUACAUAAGCUGAAUAAAAUCUUAAAUUUGCUGUGAGUUCAAAUUUAAAUAAACUGUAUUCAGGAGGUGGGAAACUGAUUUGCUGGGUCAAAUAUUCUAAAUGUUCUGUUUAAUUUUGUUGGACUCUCUUCCAAUAACCUGUUUAAUAGGAAUCCUGUUAUUUUCCAAUAAUUGAUAAUAAAACUGAUUUUUUUUAA